AUGAGCGGCACCGGCACGCUGGAGAUUGAUAGCGGGGAGCUGUACGACGCCGAUACGAUAUUGAGUACUGAAGCAGAGACUCGCUACAGCCCCUCGUCGCUACAAAGCUACAACUUCGAAAAUGGCCGCCGCUACCACGCCUACCGCGACGGCGUCUACAUGAUGCCCAACGACGAAAAGGAGCAGGAACGUCUCGACCUCGCGCACCACAUCUUCAAAAUGCUUCUCCGCGGCCAUUUGCAUCGCACCCGACUGCCGCAUCCACCUCGUCACGUCCUCGAUUUCGGUACGGGGACAGGGUCGUGGGCUAUCGAUUUCGCCGAUCUACACCCCGAUAGCCAUGUGGUGGGCAUUGACCUGUCGCCGAUUCAGCCAAGUAAUACACCGCCUAAUUGUCGAUUUUUUGUCGACGAUAUCGAGUCACCGUGGACGUUUGAUUCGAAAUUCGAUUUUAUACAUGCCCGAGCGAUGUCCGGGUCGAUUAGGGAUUGGGAUACGUUGUUGCAACAGGCGCUGGAGAAUCUGAAUGAAGAUGGGGUUAUUGAGUUGCAGGAAUACGAGGCGGCGUACAAGUCGGACGAUGGGACGUUGGAGAGGACGGAGGCGAUUCGCACGUGGCAGCGGCAGUUGAAUGAGGCGAGUGAGAGGGUCGGCCAACCCAUGAACUCCGUCGAAACGCUAAAAGCCCGACUGGAGAAAUGCGGCUUCGUCGAUGUACGCGAUGAUGCGUACAAGCUCCCCGUCGGCCCCUGGCCCAAAGACCGCCGCCUCAAAGAGAUAGGUUAUAUGAUGCUCUUCCACUGCUUCGAAGCACUAGAGGCAUUUACACUAGCUCCCUUCACGCGCGUCCUCGGCUGGUCCAGCGACGAAAUGCGUCAAUUGAUGGAGGGAGUCAAGGCCGAAUUGGCCACUGCGCAGAAUCAUUUGUAUGUGGUUAUCCAUUUUGUGUAUGGACGGAAGCCGGCGAAACCUUCACCAUGA